AAAGCGCUGAUCUUUCUCGCUUGUGCUUUGUCACACUUUUCACGCAGAGUAUGUUGUGCCACCUUCCUUCAGCAGCCACUUUCUUUACCCUGCUAAUAAUCGCCGCCAGAUCAAAGGUAUUUCAUGGCAAGUCGCCUAAUGUCAGCUUUCCGGACAUCAGAAAGUUCCUGAACACGCCGGAGCCCAUAUGGACUUACAAUUCAACGCGUGAAGAGUCCCUCCCUUGUACGGUGGAUGUUAGGUCAAAGUUAGACAAAGAUGUAAUUCUGUACAACAGGUCAUUCUACAUGCGCAAACAAGUACGCACGGAGGUCCUAGAAGGAUGGUUCGAGGUACUUCAGAGAGACAAGAUGUUUGUCGCCGUGCUGGAUACUAUCCCAGUAAUUGCAGAGGUGCUAGUCUACGCAAACAAGACUGGAAGAUGUGGUGUCUUCAGAUCACGCCUGCUUUUCCCUGGUGAACACCCGUGGUACGAUUUGAGAGUAAAGAAUUCUUCUAUUCUGGCCGGCCCAUUAGUUGAUUGUUCAAACUACUUCAUUAACGCUCACGCUAAAGCAACAAGCAAGAUCGUCCAAAUGAAAGGCUCGAAAAGCGCGGCUCCAGCAAAACGACUUUAUCAUCCAUGGUGCCAACGCCUACUUCGGCGACCCUCUGUACUUCAGCCGCACCCUGUGAAAGGAGCUGAACAUUUAUGAGCAUACAAGCGAAAUAUGAGCCGAGCACAGUGCGCAACUUCCCCUAACCUACAUUUCAGAACACUUGUGAAUAAGUUCGGUAUUACAGCUGUUGGUUUAAAAGUGCUCACGAAUUAUUCUGUUAGCACCAUAAGACACGUAUGUUUGCAAUAUAUUUGUUAUUCAACAAAGAAACACACACGUGGCAAUGAAAGAAUCACAUAUUCACGCAUAAUAGAAGCCGCGUCUUUCUGUCAGCGACACGUUCUAGAGCAGUGGUUCUCAAAUGCGGUUCCGCAGAAUCCAGGGGUGUCCGCGGAGACCCAUUUAAAUAAAAGCCACGCACUUCACACGCCAUUCUGUGUUGUUACACCCUU